AGCGUUUAUUGCAGAUACCUUCGCACUGCGUCUAGAUCUUUUAAUCCCCGGCCGCAUCCCUUGCAAUCCCUUAUACGGCUCACCUACAACUGCCCCACCCACUGAGGACAGCGGUAAAUUGUAGCCGCAUGCCCUGAUAUGUAAAUGCGGGUACACUUUACCGGGGACCGAUUUUAUAUACCCUCCGCCCACGGUCUGGGGAAUUACCGAAUUCCAGCAAUUCGCCUGCGGCGGUCUGCGUUGCAGGUAUACGGACUGCACUUGUUUAUGAUGCUCCGAUUGUCUGGGGGACAGUGCGACUGCGACGGAUUUGCACCGUCCUCGCAAAUACGGUACCGCUAUGGGCGUAUAUAUAGGAAUAUAUGUGCCGCCGGAUAGACCGAAACUGAAAGAGGGGAAAUGAGGGUGAAGAGAUUAUUACACCGGCGGCACUUCGUGUACAGGAGCUGGUCAGUACGAGUCUAAGCGUCGAUGCGAAAAGGUGAAAUUUUCGAGUAGACGCUUCGUCCGCUUCAGUUUGUCAGAAGAGUUGUGUUCGAGUGCCCGCACGCCGAUGUAUUUGGACUGUAUAAUAUUCAAAUCCGAGAUUAUAACGGCGUGAAUAUCAAGCCGCGCGUGUGUUGAUGUUUGAUUAGCUGUGUGCUGUAUUAGCGAGUCGAUUUUUAGCUGGUUAAAUGGCUAAGAACAUGAGUGUCUCGGAGAUCGAUAAGUUUUUGGAAGGACCAUUAGUUACCUGGUUCAUCAAUUGCCUGGACCCGUCGCUAACACCCGAGAAGCUCACCUACGAACAAAUAGUCGACGGCGUUUUAAUUCACAAUGUAUUCCUUCAAAUGGACCUUUAUUGCCAAGCAGGCGAAGUGGUUCCGCCAGCCGGCGACGCGUCUCUUCGCGCCCGCAACCUUAAACGAAUCGUUGGCAACAUCCGCCAGUUCUACGAAGAAGAACUUAACCACGUCGUAAUUCGUCUCCCCAACGUGUCCCGUCUCUCCCGGGAACCUCGCCUCCACAUCUCCGAUACCCAGCUUCUGCUGAAACUCCUCCUGGGCUGCGCCGUCAUCUGUCCUAGGAACGAGCACUUCGUGGAGAACAUAAAAAUGUUGGAAGUAAAGACCCAGGAGGCGAUCGCCGAGUACAUAACGCAGGUGCUUCACGUUCCUGGGAUAAUGCUCAGCCAGGACAUGCUGCAGACGUCCAACGAGACCAAUUGCGUGGCCAAGGUUUUCGAGGUGGUACGUCAAGUUUGCCGCGCGAAGGACUACUACAAGAUGAAGUUGAAAAACAUGGCCAGGACAGGAGUCAGCAUGAACGAGAGUAGGUUCGACCACACGAUGCAGACGAGUCUGGAGGAGGAUCAGCUCGAGGCGAUGAGCUGCAGCGAGGUACAGAAUCUCCUCGAGUCGUCGAUAACGUCUGACAGAGAAGAAUCUCAAACGAAAGACGCCCAGUUGUUGAUGGAGACGAGAAGCAAGCUUAGGAGACAGCAAGAAGAGCUCAAUCAAAAAAUCGACGACUUGUCAGAAGCCCGCUGCGAGAUCAAGGCAUACAAGGAGCAGCUUAACAGGAUGCGACUAGAGAACGAACAAUUAGUGUUCGAGGCGAGAAGCGCCAAAAAGUACCGCGACGAGCUCGACGCAGCUAUUGAAAAAGCCGAGCGCGCCGAUCGGUUGGAGCAGGAGAUCAUCCGGUACAAGGAGAAGCUCGACAAGAUGGACUUCUCCGAGGCUCAUCUGAAAGAGCUUCGCCAGCAGAACCAACUGCUCAACGAGAACAUCCAGAACCUCGACGAGCAGCUCCAAAAUUACAAGGCCAAAGCCAAUCAAGUUCUCGAACUGCAGCAGCAAAUGUUGCAAAUGAAGCAGGAGAUGGAGGAGCUCAGCGAGGAGAACGCGACCAGUCGCGAGAAAAACCGCGAGCUCAUCGAAGAGAACGAACAGCUCGAGCAGCUCGUCAGGACCAGAACCAACGAGACCCUGGACAACGGAUUCAUCAUCGAGUCCGAGGACGCGUCGAACAGCAUGAACUACAGUCUAUCCGAGCAGUUGGACACCAGCGCAAAGUGCGAAGCGCUCAAGCUCCAGCUGGAGAACAGACGGUUAUCCAGCCUCCUGGACUCCAUGAAGGAGAACAUCGUCCAUGAGGAGUCGAGCCAGCUCGUGAACGCUCACAAACAGAAUAAGAAACUGUCGACGAUGUACGACAGCAUUCACAAGCAGAAGCACGAGCUCGGCAAGAAGCACAAAUUGCUUCAGGACGAGUACAACAAGCUGAUCAAGGGCGCGCUGAUGAGCGAGAUCCAGAACAAGAAGAAGGACCUCGAGAUCACGAGGCUGAGAGAGCUGAUCAAACAACAGGAAGAGAAAAUCCAGAUACUCAGCGUGGACAUCAGUCUCACCGACUCGCAGAAGGAGCUGAGCAUCGCCAAGAACCAGUUAGCCGCUGAGAAGUCAAUCCUUAUCAAGAGCAAAGAGAAGCUGUCCGGUGACCUGGACCACCUCAAGACUCUCCACGACCAGCUCAACGCGGACUACCAGCAGCUGCUACAAGACAGAAUCCAGUUGAGGACUCAGCAGAGGGAGGACAAGCUCACGCUCCGCAAACAGGCCGAGACGAUCGAAAAACUCGAGACGAGGAUCAAGGCUCUCGAGGACGAGUGCGCCAGCCUCAAGUCCGACGAGAUUCUAGUGGAGCACGCCAAGCUCAAAAAAGAAUUCGACCGGCUGUUCAAGUCCAACGAGACCCUCCUCGUGGACUACCAACGAGCGAGGAACGAGUUAAACAGCAAGAUCUGCCAGGAGCCGGAGCUGCGCGUCAAGAGCCAGAAGAUCAUCGAGCUGGAGAUCGAGCUGGACAAAAUCCAGCACCGAGUCGAAGUGCUCGAGCAGAUGAACUUGACCCUGGAGAAGGACAAGUCCUCGCUCAUGCAGCAAAACGACCAGCUCCUCAAGCAGAACGACCAGCUGGUCACGAAGGCGUUGGAAAACCUGCGCGAGCAUCACAAGGAGGAGCUCAAGAACAACGACCAGGUCAACAACCUCAAGCGGCAGAAGGAGAAGCUCGAGGAAAAGAUCAUGGAUCAAUACCGCAGACAAGAUCCAGCGUCCACCAAGAAGAAGUCCAGCAGCAACAUCGUCAAGAAAACCUUCGUCAAAGUAACUCGUGCCGGUUCCGAGUUCUUCUUAAACCGGAGUAGACGAUCCUUCGCAGAGGAGUCCCGUCUAGCCGACCAGCCUUCCCUCGACUUCAAGUUCACUCGAUGCGAAGAUUCGAACGAUGCCGCGACGAGAAAAGCCAGCCGCCAGUCCACCGUCAGCGCGUAUGCUGGCGACUACCCGAGAAAUCGGAAGUCCUUAGAUUUCCUGGAGAACUUCGAGCCCAACAAAUUCAGCUUCGACGAGCCCCCGGUGAACUCGCGCAAGUCCCUUGACUUCGAGCUUCAAGCGCGCUCGCGCAAGUCCUUCGACUUUGCCGAGCUCCGCUCGUUGUGUAAUAAUGAAAAGGCGGAGGAUAGAACUCUGCCCGACCCGAGCAACAUGGAAAACAUCAUGGCAUCCACGAUGUACGAAGAAGAUGACUUCUCGACCUUUGGAAAUAAUAAGUCCAUUGAUCUGUCCUUCGAGAAGGACCAGAAUGAAGAGUUGGACGUGUUGGGUGAGAACAACAACGUCGAGAUGAAGGAACUCAUGACCGCCAAAUCUAGACAGUCCAUCUGGAUGGAUCAUGGCUGUGCAUGAUUCCGCGUGUUGAGUCUGUAAAAAGUAUUUUUAUACUUGGUUUUAGAAGUAUAAAAAUAAUUCGCGAAUGCUUUCGAAAAAAGAAAAUGAUACAUUGUAAAUAGUAGAUAUAAUAAGCUAGAAUUAUAAGUCACCUUAAAGACGCAUGUAGUUUUAUAAGUUUAGACAUAAUGUGAUGUAUGUACAACUGCGCUUACUCCUUAAGGUAGUUCACCGACUGGGUUAUUAUUAUAAAAUUCCUUUUUUACGAUAUUUUACAGUGUUCUCAAAUGUCAAAACCUUCCAAUUUAUAGUAUGAAA